CACGAGGGCCAGACUGGUGGCCGCGGAGGCUGCAUAGGAUGCCAGCGCUGAUACAGCCGAAGGUGGUAGAAGAAACUGAAACGCAAGAAAAGUUGAAUCCGGACCACACUGAUCUUCCGCAGUAUGUUGACCAAUGCCGAGAAAAGUUUUUGGAAGAUAAUUCUUCUAUCAUGGCUUCUGGUAGAAGUAGUGCAAAAGCGGAAGAUCUUGGUCCAUCGGUUUACUGUAAAACAGCUCGGAAAGGAGGGAAACAAGGCGUCGCAGGCAGCAAAACAAGAACACUUUUACCCCGCGAAGACGCCUAUCUUGUGUCACAACCUGGAACAAAGGAGACUCAGCAUUUCCUAUUCAAAAAUUGGAUAUGUCGUGAAGCCGUUUGCCCUGAACGGAGGUGGCCUGAAACUACUAGUACCAGAAGAAUCAAGAACGCACACGAAGAUGAACAGGAUGAACCAGCACCAAGAAGUAAAGGUAUACCUUCUCAGCCUUCUCGUAGUCCUUCUAGUCUCUCUUCUAGUAACAGUAACAGUAACAGUAACAGUAGGCCUCGUCCUACACCAGUAAUACCGAUCCGACAACACCAAAGCACGGUGAGCGAUGUCCGGCAGCUUUACUCUCUUGUGCAUCACGUUGGGCGAGCGCUAGACCGCUUCGGCGUCGUUUGGUGGGUGUCACAUGGCUCUCUGAUUGGGACUCUGAGGCAUGGCGGCCACAUGCGACAAGACGUGGACGUGGAUAUUUCCAUCCCCUACGACUUCUUUUAUCUCUUGUCACCAGGAUCAGCGUUGGACCUGGAACUACAAAGAUUGAACAUCCACAUCGCGCGUUUGUAUCUGCCUAACGACUCUGUUCGGUUUUGCAGCAAGAAAAACCUCUCCAGAUACGCCAGGGUGAUGAAUUUGGUCCGUGCUGCGCAUCUCUUUGACGAAAGCUUGACCUGUGGAACGCCUUUCAUCGAAGUGCAUCCUGUCGAAGUCGACAGCGUAAGCUUCCGAUGGUCGACUCGCGUUGCUGGGAGACAAUCGAGACUUCGAGGCAAGGAAGGCGCUACACACUUUACACCCGCAUACAGCGUGUAUUUUAAGGCAUUGUAGUUCUGGUGCUCAAAAAAUUCAUUCUAAGAAAGAAGCAUCUCAAACUCAAUCUUUUUCAAAGGGUAUGGAUCGAUUAUACUCGUCGAAGAUGCUUCAUUUCAAGACGAAUUUAAGCUGCAAGGACUUCUAAUUAUCACUUCAACGUCACAAAGUUUCGGUUAGAGUCCUCCGCGCUUUCGUCUUCUUCUUCCAGUGUAGACCGCAGAGCGGGCAAGUUGUUGGAUCCCCAGCAACGACAAGCUUUAGUAUCUCAACCACCGCUCUUCGAAGUCCACGACUUUCGGAAAAAAGCGCCCUUUUAUGGAUGAUGUUUCAUAUUUUUUCCAUCCCCAAUCAAUCAAUCAAUCAAUCCUAUCGACCAUCCUGUUCCUGGCAUUCCAUCAUUUCAAGGGUCGUAAAUAAAAGUGCCAGGGUGGUCUGUUUGUUAUGCCUAUACGCUCACCUUGUCGCAGGUGAGCCCACUCCUAUCCUAUCCUAGUUCCUGUCACCGUAAAAAGUGCCAGGGUGGUCUGUUUGUUAUGCCUAUACGCUCACCUUGUCGCAGGUGAGCCCACUCCUAUCCUAUCCUAGUUCCUGUCACCGUAAAAAGUGCCAGGGUGGUCUGUUUCUAGAUGGGAGUAGAAAAAACAACAUCCUUCAUACUUUCGGCGCCUACACCUGGGUUUGGGUACCUCCAGAAGGAGAAAAAGUCCUCGACUCCUUCUACGGGUCCGAUUGGGUGACGCACAUUCGUGUCCAUAAUAACUCGAAUCUGGAACAACAGGGUUCGCUCAGCAGUAUUCCCGCAGUGCAGAUGGCAGGAAGCAACGACGGACGUUCCAGUGUGUCUAGCCUGAAUGUGAGUAAAGUUAUGGUGAAUGAAUUUAAUGAGAAGGUAUCAACAGGUAGUGUCUUGAUUUUAGGACGAAUCUGAUCAGAUCAGGGCAUGUUGCUGUCUUGUGAUAUUGUUUAGCAUCUUGCCUAUUAGACUAUUCGUUUACUAUGUAGGUACCACUGCAAAAGGAGAAUUCCUGCGACUACGAGCACCACUCUUCUAAAACCUCGCUCCUCGAUGAAGCCGAAGAGGAACCACUUUUCCCAGCCGCGGCAGCAGUCGCACGACGACGCGCUGGGAAUGCAACGAUGGCGAAGAAAGCAUAUAGCUCGGCCUACAUGCAAUUCGAACCCGGUGAACUUCUUGGAACCUACGCAAGACCUAGCGGCCCACUCUUUCCGCACUUCUUUUGAAAAUUUGCGCAAGACCUAGCGGCCCACCGCACGUCUUCUGAGUACGAUAUCUACCUGUUCUUCUGAUGUAGUACGAUGUGUGGUUCUUCAUCUUCUGCGGGAAGAUAGAAACGAGUAAUAGAAAUUGUAGAGACAUGUUGUUCUUAUGAUGGAAAUACGAUAUUAUGUUGUGCUUCUGAGAAUAGCUUUUUGAGAAUAGGAUACGACAGCUGCUUUUGCAAUAGCUUCUUCUGAUUUGAAAGUCAAGACACCCCGAAAAUCUGAUAGCAACUUUUUCUGAGAAUAGAGACAUCAAGAUGAGCAAGCCACUUUCGUUGAGUUGUUUACGCGAUGCUGAACAGUUCACCAUUUCUUAGG